GCGUCGUGCAGGGACGGAGACAGGGUGGCGGUGCCUGGCCGGGCGUAGGCAAGAGCAAAAGAGCGGCUCCUUGCAGGCUGUGCGCGCCCGGCUUUCAGCAUGGGGGAUCAGGCUUUGAGCUUCGUUAAGGACUUCCUGGCAGGUGGCAUCGCCGCCGCUGUCUCCAAGACCGCGGUCGCCCCGAUCGAGAGGGUCAAACUGCUGCUGCAGGUCCAGCAUGCCAGCAAACAGAUCAGUGCAGAGAAACAAUACAAAGGCAUCAUUGAUUGUGUCGUGAGAAUCCCCAAGGAGCAGGGCUUUCUCUCCUUCUGGAGGGGUAACCUGGCCAAUGUGAUCCGGUACUUCCCCACCCAAGCUCUGAACUUCGCCUUCAAGGACAAGUACAAGCAGAUCUUCCUGGGAGGUGUGGAUCGUCAUAAGCAGUUCUGGCGCUACUUCGCUGGUAACCUGGCCUCCGGCGGGGCAGCUGGGGCCACCUCCCUCUGCUUCGUCUACCCGCUGGACUUUGCUAGGACCAGGCUGGCUGCCGACGUGGGCAAGGGAUCUUCCCAGCGUGAGUUCAGUGGGCUGGGCGACUGUCUCACCAAGAUCUUCAAGUCUGAUGGCCUGAAGGGUCUCUACCAGGGUUUCAGUGUUUCUGUCCAGGGCAUCAUCAUCUACAGAGCUGCCUACUUCGGAGUCUAUGACACUGCCAAGGGGAUGCUGCCAGACCCCAAGAAUGUGCAUAUUAUUGUGAGCUGGAUGAUUGCCCAGAGUGUGACAGCGGUGGCGGGGCUGUUGUCCUACCCAUUUGACACUGUUCGUCGUAGGAUGAUGAUGCAGUCUGGCAGAAAAGGGGCUGAUAUUAUGUACACGGGGACGCUUGACUGCUGGAGGAAGAUCGCAAAAGAUGAAGGAGCCAAGGCUUUCUUCAAAGGUGCUUGGUCCAAUGUAUUGAGAGGCAUGGGUGGUGCUUUUGUAUUGGUAUUGUAUGAUGAGAUCAAAAAAUAUGUUUCAAGUCACCCUCUUAUUGUUGUCCAUAUUUCUACUAGUAUGUUACACUAA